AUGUGGAUUUACCAUAGGCAGAUUCAUCGCAAGUCAACAAAUGCAAGCUGGGUUGGCGAAGAUGAAUCACCAACUAUUAUUGUUCGUCGAGAUCACAACUAUUAUAUUGAAAAUUGCCUCAAGCCUGUCGUGAAGGAAAUAUGGAAACAAAGAAAGUCAGCAGGUACAAAAGGUGUAAAAUUGCUCCAAGACAAUGCUCGACCCCAUAUUCAUUCCGAUGUUAUUAAUUAUUUCACAGAAGAAGGUAUUAUUAUAAUGUCGCAUCCACCAUAUUCAUCUGACCUUGCACCAUGUGAUUAUUGGCUAAAUGAUUACAUCAAACGUAAUUUAAAUGAUCAACCAGAUGAAAAAUCAUUGGCUCGUGCGGUAUCCAAGGUGAUGAAAAAAUUCCGAAAGAAGAAUUUAGAAAAACUUUUGACAAACUAUUAG